AUGGAUAUUCAAUACGUCUACACUAAAAAACGAUCAGAAUUUGGCCGUCAAGUUCAUUUCAGUGACCGUCCUGUUGAGGUAAUUGCGGAUAUUCAACCAAAUGUUGAAUUAUUGAAAGAUUAUAUUGCUCGAGAUCCAGUUGAGAUUGGAAUACAAAAUGUGCGAGAAUUUUCGGAACAUUGGGUAAAUACAAAUCGUUUUGAAACAGAAAAUAAAGGUGUCAAUCAUGUUGAAGGUGGUUGGCCAAAAGAUGUGAAUCCACUUGAACCAGAUCAAACAUCACGAUUUCGAAAAAAAACAGAGAAAGAAGAUGGUUAUGGACGAGCUAUAUUAUCACUUGGACAAUCCAUUGAACAUACAAUAAAGCAAAAUAAUGCAAUUGAUAUUUAUGAAAAUUAUUUUCAAAAUCUUGAACCAGAUGUUGUAGAAGAAGCACCAUACGCAAAAACCAUCAAUAUUUAUCGAGAUCCACAUGCAGUCAAACGUACGGCGAACCAUAUUAGUUGGUUUACAGAUGGAGCAAGAAAAAUAGCUGUUUCAUACUGUAACCUUGAAUUUCAACCAUCGACGGGUGAUUCUUACAUCGAUUCUUAUAUUUGGGAUAUCGAAAAUCCCACAAAACCUGAUUUAUUCUUAAAACCCAUAUCUCCACUUGUUUGUGUCGAAUUUAAUCCAAAAGAUACUCAUCAGUUAGUUGGUGGAUGUUAUAAUGGACAAGUUUGUAUAUUUGAUACAAGAAAAGGGAGUACAGCUGUUGAGCAAUCAUUAAUAGAAAAUAGUCAUCGUGAUCCAGCUUAUAAAACAAUUUGGUUACAAUCGAAAUCAGGCACUGAGUUCUUUUCCGGUUCAACAGAUGGAAAAAUAUUAUGGUGGGAUACGAAAAAAUUAACUGAACCAGUGGAAACACUAAUAUUAGAUGUAGAAAAAAAAGGACGUCUUGAAAGUGCACUGGGAGCAAUGUCACUUGAAUAUGAACCGACAAUUCCAACAAAAUUUAUGGUCGGUACUGAACAAGGUCGAAUUAUCAGUUGUAAUCGUAAAGGAAAGAGUGACGCGGAAAAAAUUGGCAAUAUAUUCCCGGGUCAUUGGGGACCCGUUUACGCCUUACAAAGACAUCCAGGUUUUUCAAAAAAUUUUCUCUCAGUUGGCGAUUGGACAGCAAGAAUUUGGUCAGAAGAUAUACGUGAUGAUUGCAUUAUGUGGACAAAACCCAGUAUGUACGCUUUGACGGAUGCACAAUGGUCACCAACACGAUCAGCCGUCUUCUUUACCACAAAAAUGGAUGUUGAUGUAUGGGAUAUUUUAUUUAAACAAAAUGAACCAACUUUAUCCAUACAGGUUGUUGAUGAACCAUUACACUGCUUACGUACUCAAGAGCCUCAAGGACGACUUAUUGCAUGUGGCUCUCAAAACGGAACAGUUACACUCUUAGAAGUAUCCGAUAAUCUUUGUAUACAAGGAAGAAAUGAAAAAGCACUUGUAACUGGAAUGUUUGAUCGUGAAACACGUCGUGCAAAAAUUCUUGAAGCACGUGGACGUGCACGACAAAAUGUACGAGGAAAAUCAGCGGCAGGAGAAGUGGGUGAAAUCAUAAAAGGUGAAAAACAUGAAGGAGGUGAGAGUGAAUUAAAAGAAGCUGAUCCAAUUGAAAAAGCUGAAAAAGAUUUUUGGAAAAUAAUUGAAGAAGAAAAACGAAAACGUGAUAGAAAAACGGUGCUUAGCGAUGAAGCAUCAGCAGCUCAAGCAGCAGAAGAAGCCGUAAAUGCAAAUACCAUUGAAACUUAG